UUUAACCUUCUUCUUUGGUUUGGCCAACAAACAAAAACCACCCUCUCCACCUGCGAUCGCAACGCAUAUGUUCAUGGAGUGAAAAUUUAUUAAAAGCCCCUCCAAGAUCCGCCAUCGUCCUCAGCUCAUCACCAUCAUUCAAAAAGAGCCAACUGCCAAAGAGGCCGAUCCAGGCGGUCGUUCCUGUGCUUCCUCCUCUUGUUUUCUCCGCCCUCGGCCCCCCCCUCCUCGUUUCUCUCUCUCCUUCCUCACUCUGACCCAUCUCUUCCUCCCACUUCUCCUAUUAAAUCCAACCCUCCCCCACCAUUUCUUGCGAAGUCCGAUCAGACCCACCUCGCACGCCGAUCGCAUUGCUCCUCUCUUCCUUCCCUUCCCGUCACCAUGUCCGCCGCUUCUCUCUCUUCUUCCAUCAACGUGAUUCGCUCCGCCUCCUUCGUCAGCGACAAGUCCGCCCUUGUUUCCAACGCCAGGCCCUCCUCCUCCUCCUCUGCUUUCCUCGGAUCCACCGCCAAGCUCCGCUUCAAUCCCCUCUCGAGCCCCGCGGCCAGUCUCCGGUCCUCCGUCGUCGCCGCCGCCGCCGCCUCCAAUGUCGUCAAAGAGAAGCAGCCCAAAUCCUCUCCCUCUGGGUCCCACCUGUUGAUCACGAAGGAAGAGGGAUUGGAGUUAUACGAGGACAUGGUUUUGGGGAGGGCCUUUGAGGACAUGUGCGCUCAAAUGUACUACAGGGGCAAAAUGUUCGGCUUCGUCCAUCUCUACAAUGGACAGGAAGCUGUUUCGACCGGUUUCAUCAAGCUCUUGAAGCAGGAGGAUUCCGUGGUCAGCACCUACAGAGACCACGUUCACGCGCUCAGCAAGGGUGUUCCGGCUCGCCAGGUGAUGAGCGAGCUGUUCGGCAAGGAGACCGGCUGCUGCAGAGGCCAAGGAGGCUCGAUGCACAUGUUCUCGAAGGAGCAUAAUUUGAUUGGUGGAUUCGCUUUCAUCGGUGAGGGGAUUCCAAUCGCUACUGGCGCAGCAUUCACGUCCAAGUACAAGAGGGAGGUCUUGAAGGAAGAGGGCUGUGAUCACGUUACCGUGGCGUUUUUUGGGGAUGGGACUGCUAACAAUGGACAGUUCUUUGAGUGCCUGAACAUGGCUCAGCUGUGGAAGUUGCCUAUCAUUUUUGUUGUGGAGAAUAAUCUGUGGGCAAUUGGUAUGUCCCAUUUGAGAGCUACUUCUGAUCCUCAGAUUUGGAAGAAGGGUCCUGCAUUUGGGAUGCCCGGAGUGCAUGUGGAUGGGAUGGAUGUGUUGAAGGUGAGAGAAGUGGCAAAGGAGGCCAUUGGAAGAGCAAGGAGAGGAGAGGGACCUACUCUGGUCGAGUGCGAAACUUACAGGUUUAGAGGACACUCUUUGGCUGAUCCCGACGAGCUUCGUGACCCUGCUGAGAAGGCCAGGUAUGCUUCAAGGGAUCCCAUAACAGCCUUGAAGAAGUACAUGAUUGAAAGCAACCUGGCUAGCGAAGCCGAGCUCAAGGCAAUCAACAAGAAAAUCGAUGAGCUCGUGGAAGAUGCUGUGGAAUUUGCGGACGCGAGCCCUCCCCCACGCAGAAGCCAGCUAUUGGAGAAUGUGUUUGCAGAUCCUAAGGGAUUCGGUAUUGGCCCUGACGGAAGGUACAGAUGUGAGGACCCCAAAUUUACUGAAGGAACCGCCAAGGUGUAGCUGCCUGGUUGGGGUAUGGCAUGAUAAUUUUUUUCUACUAGUACAGCUUCCUGUACUACUGCAAUCUUUUGAAUAUUUUUAACUGUUGCCAGAGAUGUAAGAAUAAUUAAGUUAUUGCAGUUGAAAUCUUCUGCUUCUGUU